UUUACGAUCAAUCAUAGACGAGGCUGAAAAAAAGUCCAUAGGGAGGUUUUCAACACAUGGUCUGUAAAUAUCAGAAAGAGUUUUGCAUCUUUCUUUAUAUAUACUGUAUUGUAGAGAGAGGCAGGUAGGGUGGGCGGUUCUAAGAGAGCUUGGGGGAUAUAACACUGGAAAAAGCAGUUUCUCUUCAUUUUCAACUUUAUCAAUACAAUGGGUUCCUUCUUCUCUAUGCGAGAGCCUGAAAAACCUGAGCCUAAAGUGCCUGCAGGUCAUGACCUGAGAAUUGUGUUGAUUGGAAAAACUGGAUCUGGUAAAAGUUCAAGUGGAAACACCAUUCUGGGCAAAGAAGUAUUUACAACAGCACCCCUGUCUACCUCAGUGACUGAUAAAUGUACUGAACAAAAGGUUCAAGAAAAUAGAUGGUUAAAUGUGGUGGACACACCAGGUGUGUUGGACACAGAUGGUAAUAGGAAACCACAGUAUAUCCAAAGAGAAAUAUUGAAGUGUCUUGAAGUCGCAUCCCCUGGUCCUCAUGUCUUCCUGUUUGUGAUGAAGUUGAGGACAUGGAAAGAUGUUGAUCAGAGAUCUGUGGGGGUCUUGGAGGAACUCUUUCCACAGGUCUACAAGCACAUGAUUGUGCUCUUUACUCAUGGUGAUGGACUUGGGGAUAAAACAAUACAUGAGUUUGUAAGUGAUUGUCAUCCAAGUCUUAAAGACAUUAUAUGUCGCUGUUCUGACAGAUACCAUGUUUUCAACAAUAAAAGCCAAAGGAGAGAUCAAGUUGUUGAGCUGGUCAGGAAGAUUGAUCAAUUGGUGGCAGUGGAAGGGAUCUAUGACCAUCACCAUGUAGAUUAAGGAAAACAUUUACACCAAUAUGAAAUGUACAUGUUUUUUUCCAAUUAAUAAACACAUUGUAUAUUGAAUAUAUAAUGAGCUAUGCUAAUAUGACAAUAUGCAUGUUGUAUUUAUUUUCAGUUAUACUAUAUGUUGUCGAUAGGUUAAUCCCAAAUGUCUAUUGAAUGUAACAAUAAAUGGGAGCAGCAUAUUUUACCAGCAAAUUAUUUACAACAAUAAAAUAAUGAAUGUCCAACAACUAUUGUUCUUUGAGCAUCAUAAGGCAUGCUAUAUACACUUAAUUGUUGAACAUUGUGAAUAUAAUGUGGACACAUUCGUUGCUGUUUGUACUAUUCGAUUUUUUGUAUUUUCUACAAUUUGGUUGUUUAUAUUUAGUGUAUUUUCUUUUUCAUAACUAUUAUUUUUUACUUCUAUUAUUUACAAUUCCGUUUAGCGACAUUUUUAAAUGUAAAUUGUUUGUGAUGCUAAAUGUCUCUCUCAAUCUACCCAGGGACAACAGAUGAAAACUAGCCAGCAAGCAAAGUCUGGCACAUUGACAGAAAUGUUCAUUGAUGUGCAUUGUCCCUGUCAAAUAAAUAAAUCAUCUGGCCUUUC